UCUUCGAAUCACCUUGUUGUUCGGCUCUAUGUUACUGUAGUCUGGCACUCUGUGUUGUAUGUCAAACCUAUUGCGUUGAUUUCUCGAAAAGUUAGGAAAUGGUUAAUGCCAAGUGUCUUAUAUGUUUUUGUACUCAACAAUCUAAAUUAGGAAAAGGACGGAAGUUCUACAAAAUACCAGAGUACACUAAAUGUGAUAGGUUUUCUGAUGGUGACAAAGUUCUCAUUGAAAAAAGAAGAAGACUUUGGAUGCAACUUGUAGAAAAAAACUUACAUGGAAGAAGUUGCAACUAUUUUGUGUGUUCACAUCACUUUGUCUCAGGUAAACCUGCAUAUUUGUAUUCAACGAAUGACAUUGAUUGGGUUCCAACGAUCAAUUUAGGCUCCCUUGGACAAGAUACCCAGUUGUUGUCCCUACCUACAGAUGAUUCUUUGGUAAAUGCUAAUGCAUCAGUGCAACAUGAAUGUGAAACACAACAGGAAAAAACUAGCUCAAGUCCAACUAUUGAGUUGGGUAGUGCAUCACAUUGUUUGGAUGCGAAUUUAUCAGUAGGUGAUGAAACUGCAUCAGCAACUACUGAUGAACAUGAGGAAACUACAAAUGACACUUACACCUUAAAUGGCCACAUAGUUGAAGACACAUCUUUAAAUGUAGACGUAGUUGAAGACACAUCUUAUAUUUCAUCAAUUAAUGAUACCGGUCCUAAUGCUACUACAGUCUACACAGAUGGAAUUACUACUACUGAAGAAUGUUUGCGUCAAUUGCAUGCUGUAGCUGAUUUCUGUUCAACGCAAGUAGUUGCAUUUUCGCUGAGCAAAACAAUACAAGAAUUGUUGUCACUACUGACUAGUGUUUUAUAAUACAAAUCACGGUCCUCUUCAA